AUGCCAGGGCGAACUCCUGCACCAACAUACCGCCAUGCUGCACCCUCCGGUCCUUGGCCGUGGAUGGACUUUGACGUCGACCCUCAUACAUCUUCAUCUGGGUCUGUUGAAGUUGACAAGUCAUGGAAAGGAUACCCACAAAACAUAUUCGGGAAUUGGACCCCAGAUCAAGUUCACCGGAGCAAGAUGUUGGCUGGCCGUUCUUCCGGCACAUGCAAGAUCUACAGAGUGGAUGUCCUCAAGGACGGGACGUUUGACGAGGGCAUUGCGUCCAGGGCUCUUACCGUCCCUCCUGACUGCCGGGAUGAGUGUUGGACAUAUGUCAACGCCGAGCGACCCAGGAACGUUCGAGUACGGUCGAUCUUUGUCGACAACAUGACUAUAGAAGUUCUAAAGAUGCUGGGAACUAAAUACGUCGUUGAACCUUUCUUCUUCUCGUCGUCUAUAAAUUGGAUACCCUCUAGAUACCAAGAAGCGGAAAAGGAAAACGAUCACAUUACCAUUGUACUACCCUUCAUCCGAGUGCAGCAGGGUCGUAAAAUGCGACCGCCGAGUGUGCUGUCCUCGAACUCAGCUCCCGCAAAUUUCGGACCGGCACCGCUGGAAGAUUCGAAUCAAAUAAUCGAUACCCAAGCACCUCUUCCUUUACUUUCAUCCGACUGCGUGCUGGUUCAGGACCUUCUCGCGGUUCAUAUGGUUAGGCAUGUGGAAUCCAGCACUAUCAUAUCAUAUCAUCCGCGUCAGCGAACAUCAGCGAAGCGCCUCCAAUCCCUCAUUCAUCGGACUGGCAAGAGUGUGUAUUGGUCAAAGAUGUUCAAGACAUCAAGUGAUCCUACGCUCUUGCUCCUUGCCUACCUCUGGUAUGUCCUAUACGCUUGGGAUGAGACUUUCGAAGAACUUUACAAGUAUAUCACUUGGCUGGAGACUCAGGUGCUCAGCACUAAUGAUAUUCGGUUAACUCGGCAACUUCACAUAGUACAGGCACAUCUGCUGCACUACCGAUCGCUCCUUCAGGACUUCCAGAAAUCUGUAAAAUUUGUGCAAGAUACUCGAAACCCAGCCAUGUCAGCCUUGAGUGAGCAAGAGCGAAAUGAGUCCGUACAAAUUCUACAGAGAGAAGCAAAUAGCUUGUUGUCUGAGAUCUUGCGCUUGGAUAAUCAGAGAAUAAUUCAGAGUGACAGACUUAAGAAUGUUAUGGAUUUGGCAUUCGCGUCUGUGAACAUUGACGACAGCAGGUACACGAAGAAAUUAACGGAGGCAACAGUGCGCGACUCUGCAGCCAUGAAACAGAUUUCUUACCUGACUAUGGUAUUCCUGCCUGCGAACUUCGUGUCGUCUCUUUUCGGCAUGAAUGUGCGAGAGUUCAUUGGAGGUUCUGCCCCCGAGACCUUGCCACGUUACGUGGCCGUCACGCUGGCUCUCACGUCCUUCACCGCAUGGCUUGUCAUAGCACUGCAAACCUACAGUUCUUUUCAUCCACCUGGUUGCAGUCGCUGGCGAAGGUUUGGUUGGCCGAUCUGUUAUGUCUGGAACAAGUUGAGAGGUCGCAACUCGAAGGUGCUAGAAAAAGAUGUGUAA